AUGCCUGGGUAUGCGAUCACUCUUUUCGCUGUUGGCUCUCUGAUGGUAGCUACACGAUUCUGGCUCCGCGCAACAGCACAGCUAGGAACGCAGCAUCUAGGGCUCGACGACUUAUUGCUGUUCGCAGGAUGGCUCGGUGGAGUCAUGUUCCUCGUCGUCAUCCUCAUAGGCGACUUCAAUUACGAUGUCGGCCGCCACGCAUGGGACGUCCCUCUCACCAAGUACGAGGGUAUUGCAGAGAUGACAUGGCUUGCUGAGCUGGCCUUCCUCAUCAGCGGCGGCUUCACAAAAAUCUCGGUAUUACUUUUCUACCGACACAUCGUUGACGGUACCUACAAAAGACGAUGGAAGGUCGCCGUGAUCUUCGCGAUCACAUUCACCGCCGCUUAUAGCGUGGCCUUCAUCCUGACACUGAUCUUCAACUGCUCGCCAACGGAUGCAUACUGGAAAGCCUUCGACCCAACGUACACUCGCCACUACACGUGUGUUGAUACCACAGUCAUCAACUUGUUGGCAGGCAUUGCUGCAGCUUUUAGUGAUUUGUACUCGGUCAUUCUACCCUCGACCAUGGUCUGGUCUAUCAGUCUGCCUAAGCGACAGAAGUUUGCUCUACUUAUCGUAUUCUCCCUCGGCCUCGUCGUGGUCGCAGCGAGCGGUGUCCGGACAUAUUAUCUCUACGAGGUCGGCCACAACUCAGAUGUCAGCUGGAUGAUCUUCGACGUCUUCGUCUGGGCGCAUCUGGAGUUGCAACUGGGUCUCAUGUGCGCUUCCGCACCCGCCUUACGAGUAUUGUUCCGCAAAUACCUCAGUCAAACCCUCCAGCGAUCUAUGCAUGGAUCCCGUCAACGUAUUGAAUCUCGGCAGAGUGUCAGAAGGCUCGAUGCGAGCAGUAUCCAUCGAGUCAGUGGCGCAGAGGACUAUGAGACCAUGGGAAGAAGCGACUUUGGCAGAGGAGCGGCCGGUAAAAGCUCGAAGGGCGAUCUCAGUUUUGCUGAGACGGAGACAGACAAUUCCCCUCUGUCGAGUUUGGACGUUCACGAGCAUCGGCAUGAGCAGGGUCGGCAUGUUGUAAAGACACCUGCUGAUUAUGAGGUGUAA